AUGGAGUUUCUAGCUGCAAUCACAAAACUUCAGGCCCUCCCGGAGGACAUUCACCUCCUUUGCCCCCGACAGAAUGAUGACGACUAUGGACACUACGAGAAUUUAGAUCAGGUCGACGAGCGAGGGAAGCCCAUCAAGGAGAUUGUGGCCGAAGCGACGGCUCGAAGGCAGAGUUUCCUCUCAUCCAUGCGCAUUCUAGCGUUCAAUAAGGAUGGCGUGGAGGACCAGCAAAACUGGGUUUUACACAAACUCGAUCAUGCGCUGGAGAAAUGUGAUUUGUGCAUCAGGCGUUAUUACACCGACAAGACUUGGCUUGUCGAACUGCUGAAGGAGGAAAAUUACAAAGACGAUGACAUUGAGGCCUUUUUCCAAAAGAUUGACGAGUGGGAUAUUCGAAGAAUCACACGGAACUUGAAAGCUGCCACAACGCAGUUGAAGCAAGUACCAGCUCAUCAGAUCAGCUUAAGUGUCUUGGACAGGGCUGCGUUGCUGUCAAUCUUCGAGACCCUAAGCUGUGAAGCCAUGCUGCGCGAUGAGGACCUCUUGCAGGAACACUUCGACGAACCCUUCCAACUCAUACAAACGAAGCGAAAAUUGAAGGUCUCAGAUUACGUCCCCGCCGUCACUCGCUUUCUUUUCGACUCUGAUAAAACUCGAAGUGGGUGGGCUGUUAAUGCAUGGACAAGAUUCUCUCGGCCCCCUACCGACCAGGAGUUCGAAUGGGCAGUUCGAGAUGGCCUCACGAUAGGCCUAAAAGCUGCUACACAACAACCGCCACAAUCUGCAGCCCUUCAGAGAUUGUGGCGAGGCAUGCUGCUUGUCGUGAAAACGUUGAAGAAAGAGCAGAUUACCCAUCAGCUUCGAGGAUUGGAGAUAGAUCCCUGUCGUCUCUCCGUAGAGCAUCUUGUUGUACCUGACCCUGGCUUACGGUUCCUUCUCAACACCAUCGGAUUGUUUCUCGAAAAAGCCCCGGCUGACUUUUGGGAUGCUAUGCAAGCAAUCCCUGCGCAAGCAAUCAUGGAACAAACCUUCUACAACCCGAAAUUCAAUGAAUUCCUCAUGACACAUUCGGAGGGUAUGCCUUACGAGCAGUCUGCAUUGAAAGACAUGUUGUCCUGGAUCAAUCCGUUCCUCAGCUCACUGAAGGGUGCCCACCAGCCGGCAGCUUGUCGAUUUUUGGCAUUGGAACUACUUGGCCGACUUCAAGAUAACCAAUACCCCAAUUUAUCUCGAUAUCAUUGUUUCAACGUCGGCUUAGCGUGCCUCCUUCAAACCCUACGCCGUUUCACAGACAAUGAGUCUUCGCGGGGAACAGUCACUCGAAUCGUCCUAGCAGAUACAAUGGGAGUGGUCGCUGAUACCAUCGACAUAAUCAUCAACCCUCCGACUUUUGCUGUUGAGCAAAGGCUUCAGGAUGAUAUUCGCAAGCUGUGCAUGGAUGUCGUGCGCCACACAUUGGCAUUGGAGUGUCAAUCAUUGAAGACCGAUUAUGAGGUUAUUCUGAAGCACGGUACCUUGUCGCAUGGAGUAUCUACCUAUUCUGCACCUAUCUGGGAUGCUGUCGUUAAGAAUCUCCGUCCGGACAAUCAACUGUUAUCGAAUGCAGCCCUCCUGGGAAUCCUCCCGCUGGUGGGAUUGGAGAAGUUCGCUACGAAAGGGGAGGUGAAACAGGAAAAAACGCACUUCAACUCGAUAUAUGGCCACCUCACCCGCUUGUCUUGUCGCAUCUUCGAGCGUCUCAUAGACUUUCCACCAGAACAUCUUGAAGUGUUGUUCAAGAGCCAGGAUACCAGUAGCGCUCUGAUUUCCGCCCUCUUUGCCGCCGACGUCGACACCUACACUGCUGCAGUUGACCUGAUCAAGGCUGUUAGUGGCCAGUCUGCUCGACGGGAUGCUAUCUCUCAUUUGCUUGAGACUUCGUUCACAACCACGAUCUAUGGUCUCAGCUGGUCAUUCCGUCGGAUCUCUACCAUGAAAACCUUCGCGUCCGCUCCAAGAAUGAUAUACACUGGUACAGAUAUCGUAGAAAUCUUGUGUGACAGCCAAAGCGGUAUGCUGCGAACUCGUAAUCUUGCUGAUCGUCGAGAAGUCAUGUCGUUGCAGAAGCUCUGGGAGUAUCUGUGGCUGGCAUUGACCACGAUAUUCGACGAGACCGAGGCGUGGCAUCUUCGGGGUAAUGACAAGAGUGUCAUGCUUGACUUCUGUCGUAACACGAUACAAUUCGCAGACCUGCUGUGGGAUCAGUAUGGUGUCUUCUUGGGAGCGGUAGGGGAUGGAGAGCCGGGGCAGACAUCUGCGUCUGAGAACUUCCUUAAGUCACCCACCAACACAAUGAGCGCUAUGGUAAAAUGGCUCAGGUUGAAGGAUGAAUUUCUGGCAACUACAAUCGUAGGAUUGGUGGCAAAGCUUCUGCGUAGGCUAGGUGGCAUGAACGUGACGAACGUGAAGCCCGAUGCGUUGAGCUUCAUUGAGGGAGUUGCCGUCAAGGGCUCGAUCAAGACGAUACUCACUCAACGUGAGAAGGCUGAAUUAGUUCGGUCACUGGAGGCUUACUACAAGAAACCCGUCGUCACUGCCUCCACUGCUUCCCUCAAAAAGCAAUCUUCCAUCACGGCUUUUGCCAAACCUUCCGAUGUUUCGAGCCCCUCCUCUCGCGUUACGAGCGACGAUGACUUUGAUGAUGACUUGACGGAUCAAACUCUUCUUGAAUUGUCUUCUUCUGUUGAAUUCAACAAAGCGCGUCGCGCCGCCGAGGCCAAACGAACCGCCGCCAAAACCGCGAAGAUGUCAGGUGCACCUGCCACCAAAUUCCGUCCGCCUGAUAACGCGAGGACAGCUCCUGCUCCACGGCCCAAAGAUGACGCGGCCCAGGUCCUGUCUUUCCGCGAGAGACGUGAACGCGAAAAGGAAGCCAAAAAGAGGCGUGAUCAGCUUGAGCUCCUCCGACUCAAGAAGGGCUUGCCUGCGCAUGGUGUUGGAGAGCAGACUGCUGAACAGGGUUCAGGUCUUAAGGGUAUAGGGAUCAAGGGUAAAGAUCAUACAACCCCCGCUGAUAGCAUGAUGGUCUCCUCUGGUUCUGGAUCAGAUUCUGAAAGCGAUGAUGACUUAGAUAAAGAACUCUUUGGCGCCAAACCAAAGCCCGAGGCUGUCGCAGCCUACGAACUGAGCAAGAAGCAGGCUGUUCAGCAAAAACCCGUGAAGAAGAUCAAGCGACAUCGGUCGAUGCGAGACAUGCGAGCUCGCUUGGCUCCAGAUCUCAGUUCCCUUCAUCACUCCAUUCUGUCUUGGGACUUUUUCGCAACUGGUGAUCUCCUCCCUACCUCCGAGCGUAUCGAUUACUCGCUGGUUUCGAACACUUUCCGUACACCCGGUGACUACCAGAGCACAUUUGAGCCGCUGUUGAUUCUUGAGGCAUGGCAAGGUUUUCAACAGGCGAAGGAGGAGGGUUCUUUCCGACCCUUUGAGGUCAAGGUCAUGACCCGACUUGCUGUCGAUUCGUGGAUCGAAUUCAGCACCCAGCCGAUUGGUAUUCCUCCAAAGGAUCUCGGCUUGGGAGAAGGUGAUUUGGUCUUGUUUUCCAACUCGCCUAAGCUCACAAGCGACCCAUCGCUGCCCCGUAUUCUGGCGCGUGUCUGUAGCGUCUCCCGAAAGAACAAAAAGCUGGAGGUCACAUACCGGGUCAACCCUGGCAGUAACAAGUUCCUCACUAGUUUUGGUGCCGGCACUGACGCGUGGGGUGCCAAGAUCACCUCUUUGACCCCGCUUGAGCGAGAAUAUGGUGCCUUGAUGGCGUUGCAGUACUACGACUUGUGUGAGGAGAUUGUCAUGGCGAAGCCCUCGCCUCUUCUCACCUAUACAGACGCUAGACUGCAACCCAUCAUGGACAACCAUAACAUCAACCGUGCUCAGGCGAAGGCCAUCAAGUCGGCUGUUGACAAUGAUGCGUUCACUCUCAUCCAGGGUCCUCCGGGUUCGGGAAAGACCAAGACCAUCAUCGCACUUGUCGGAAGUCUGCUCAGCGACACGCUUGGGAAACAAGUCGUUAGAGUCAAUGGUGCGCCGGUCGCCAGAGGCGCGCUCUCCAAGAAGCUUCUCCUGUGUGCGCCUAGUAACGCCGCUGUCGAUGAAUUAGUCAUGCGAUUGAAAGAAGGCGUGAAGACGGUUCAUGGACGGCAUGAAAAGGUCUCUGUCCUCCGUCUGGGACGAAGCGACGCGGUGAAUACCAAGGUGUUGGACGUUACUCUCGAAGAGAUGGUUAAAGGCCGUAUGAACCAGGACGCAAACAAAGGCAACGGGGUCGACUUGAAAAAACUCUAUGAAGAACACAAGACGACUGACACCCUGUUCAAAGAGCUCCGUGGAAAACUGGAUGAGUCACGAGCGAAGGGUCUCGCUCCUCCAGAAGAGUUGGAGCGUGAGUUCGAGCUGAUGAAAAAGAAGCGGUCUCAGUUGAGUUUCGAUAUCGAUAACACCCGUGAUUCAAACCACGUGCUAGCCCGCAAUGCUGAUAUGCAGAAGCGGCGGAUCCAAGAGGAGAUCAUCGGCGAAAGUCACGUUAUCUGCACCACUCUCAGUGGUUCUGGACAUGAUAUCUUCCAGAGCAUGAAUGUUGAGUUUGAGACCGUCAUCAUUGAUGAGGCGGCGCAGUGUAUUGAACUCAGCGCUCUUAUCCCGCUCAAGUAUGGCUGUUCAAAGUGUGUACUUGUCGGAGAUCCCAAGCAGUUGCCUCCGACUGUGCUGUCGAAGAUGGCCUCCAAGUUCCAAUACGAACAGAGUUUGUUCGUUCGCAUGCAAAAGAACCAUCCUCAAGAUGUCCACCUGCUUGAUAUCCAGUACCGUAUGCAUCCAGCCAUCAGUGCAUUCCCCAGUUUGACGUUCUACGAUGGCAAGUUGCAGGAUGGACCGGAUAUGGGCAAGCUCCGCCAGCGUCCCUGGCAUCAGAGCGAGCUUCUCAGUCCUUAUCGUUUCUUCGAUGUCCAGGGCAUGCAUUCGUAUGCGGGCAAAAGUCAUUCGCUGGUCAACUACGCCGAGUUGCAAGUGGCCAUGCAACUGUAUGAACGUCUGAUCACGGAUGUGAAAGGUUACGACUUUACAGGCAAGAUCGGCAUCAUCACCCCAUACAAGGGCCAACUACAUGAGCUGAGGAUACAUUUCGCCCAAAGAUACGGCGAAGACAUUCUCAACAAGGUCGAUUUCAAUACCACAGAUGCUUUCCAGGGUAGGGAAAGUGAAGUCAUCAUAUUUUCUUGUGUUCGAGCAUCCAACAAGGGCAUCGGUUUCUUGGCUGAUAUCCGUCGUAUGAACGUCGGUCUCACCCGUGCUAAGUCAUCGCUCUGGGUUCUCGGUAACUCCCGCUCCCUGGAACAGGGUCAAUUUUGGAAUGGGCUCAUCAAAGACGCACGGCAGCGAGAUGUCUACACAGACGGUGAUAUCAUCAAUCGCCUAGCGACCCCGCAGUUCACUGGCUACAAAGAAGUCGAAAUGAUUGACCUCGACGCCGAAGACACUCCCACCCUUUCCGACAAGGAACCCCCUGUACCGCCGGUUCGGCGACCUUCGUCAGGCUCCAUGGGUCUUGACUCGCGCUCCGCGGCGUCUGCCUCUGGGCAUAGCGCACCACCUACCGCACGACCCGAUGGACCCUCUGGGGGAGGCAACCUAAUGGAUCAGACGAAGGCGUGUGGAAUAUGUGGAAGUGUCGCGCAUUACACGCACAACUGCGACAAUGACGACGCAAAGGAACUUGCUCGGGGUACCUGUUUCCGCUGCGACCAGCCUGGCCAUUCUAAGUAUGCCUGCCGAGCUGAACGCUGCCUUGGAUGCGGUGAAUGCGGACAUCUGGCUCACCAGUGCAAGUCCAAGAGAAUUCUUACACAGGCUGAAAAGGCUCGCAUUGAAAGAGAAGAAUUCAAUCUCAAGCGACGUCAGGAGGAAAACGCUGCGCGGCAGCGCGAACGCCAGAUGGGAGGACACGAUCGGAAGGUCCCUACUGUCCGAGCCACAAACACAAACCCGCCUGUGAAGCCUGCUGCCAAUCCUGCGAAGAGAAAACUUGAGGACCCUGCCCCCGGUGCACCCCAGGCUCAACGACCUCGUACUGGACAGAACCCUGCUCAGUCUAAAGCUCCCAAGCUCAACCACCCAGGUCUUUCUGGACCCCCUCUCCCUCGCGCCAAUCCCGUUUCCAAGGCUCCCACUGGUCCCAAGGGCCAGUCAAACAACGGCCCGCCAGCAGGACUCAUUACACCUUCCCGCAAUGGCCCAGCGUAUCCGACCGCACAUAACCCGCCUCAGGCCCCGCAGACGGGAUCCAAGGCGGAGGGACCCAAGGCAGAGGGACCCAAGACAGAUGUGUCGAACGCUCCAAAGCCCCGACCACCCAUGAUCCGCAAAAAGAAGGAAGUCGACCCUUUCAUCCGGCCUAAGGCGAAACGCAAGUAA